CUUCGAAGUAUAAUUCCGUCCCAUUCAAUUGGAUCCGGUGGUCCAGGCAGGAGCUUGGUUUUUGUCUAGUUAAUCACUAUUGUUGUGACUGUAUUGGGAUUCAAGAUUACAACAAACGAAACAGCACGGGGAAACAAACACAUAGCCCAUCAUGGCACCUUCACUUAACACACACUCUUCCUUUACGCGUCCGCGUACAAGCGAACGUGAUGCUCGCCCGAGUACACGAGAUCAGGGCGACACCAACCUAAUUAUUCCGAGCAGGACUUCCUCUCUUCACUCACGUAUCACGCAACCAAUUCCCUCUACGCUCAACAUGAAGCCUCAGCAACGAACUCCCAAGACUCUAACGCACGCAUACAUGGUUUGUGGUGUCGGACGAGAGCCUUCGCAAUGGGUGAAGGCUCCUGCUCCUAGCCAGGGAAAGAUUGGACACAUGAAGGGAGCUGUUGGCCAAUUCUGGUUGCCCGAAAUUUUAGGUAGCAGCCCCCGCCUCGAGCAGGACAAUGAAGUUGCUCGAUCUUUACACGCCGCUAUGAGAGCUUGCUUCCCCCACGACGUCGAAAUUUGCACUGGUCGUAGCCAGCCGCACUGCGUUCACCAUGCGUUUGUUCUCCAACAGGAUUCUUCGCACACGCUCUACGGUAUCUGUCUUCGCGUUUGGUCAAGGGCAGAUGAGAAGAGGGCGGAGACUAUCAGGGAUCUGAGGAAGCGAACCGAGACCGACUACUACGAUAACCCCGAUGAGACUUACUGGAUUCCUUACUGCUUAUCGUUCCUUUCCCGAUAUCCUCUAUACAACCUGCUUGGAGAUUACUUGCGAGGAAUGUGGAUUCACUGGAACAAAGCUACCAACCUCUUCCACGCGGAGGAGGUCUCGAGGAUUCUCAGCUUCCCGGCUCCGCGACUAAACGACUUGGUUCGAAUAGACAUGAAGGACUACGCUCUUUGCUACCAAUUCCCAUCGUCUCCCACUGGAUUCCAGAAUUUCGCUAUGUGGCCUCUGUGGACUUGUCUCUCGGUACCUAACAUCGUGGGUGUUAUCGAGGCUGCCAUUUCUCCUACUAGGCGUAUCAUAUUUGUCAGUCACUACCCCGCGAUGUUAACCAUGGCUGCCGAGACUAUCCGAUUCUGCGUUCGCGUGUAUGAAUGGAGUGGUCUGUACGUUCCAGUCGUUCACGCCCGCCAUGCCAAGGAAUUGGUAGAGGAACCAGGUCCAUACAUCCUUGGUAUCACUGCUGAAUGCCGUUCUCUUUUCACGGCCCCGAACGAUGCCUUAGUAGUUGAUUUAGACCGCAACUUUGUUCUCACUUCCAGCCCCCCGACGGCAUUGAACGCGAACCAACGAAAUAAGUUUGUCACCCGCUUGACACAGGCACUAAAUGGCGAUGUUACCCCGUCCGGUGUCCCGCAACAUCUGCGCUCAGCUUACGGUGGUGGGAAGUUGGUUCCUGCAGGUCAAAUCAUUGUCAUGCGUGGGGAGGUGGAGUCCAUUCAAGAGCCCGAAUGGUGGAACCAGGACGCCGUCAUGGCCGUGAUGGAUCAUGUCUGUGAGAAGAUGGGUCGCAACACUGGCUUGAAGGCUGUCUUUGGUGGAGCAGUGAAGAAGCCGCUGAUGACUAAGGUUUCCAUGAGACAUUUGAACGAGAUCGUCAGGGAGCGUAACCAAUACUCUCGUGAUGCCUUGGAGGCAUGGCAGGAUUUCAUCAACCUGAAGGGCCGCAUGGACACUGAGCUGAACAAGGUUACGAAGCGAAACAACUACCUCGUUGAGGAGUUGGAGAGCUGGAAACAACAGUUCCUCAAAUUCCAAGCAUUCGCCGAGACCCUCACGAAGGAAACUCAAGAUCUCAAGGUCAAGAUCGAGACUCACAAGAGAGAAAACCGAAGACUCGCAGGUCUUAUCGACCAACAGAAGGACGACAACUCGCGUUUGUCGGUUCGUCUUACUGGCACUGAGAAGCAGCGAGACGACGCUCUUGAAGCCUUGGUUCUCCAACAAGAGAUCGCCGAGGAACUUGAGCGGGAACGCAAGCGCAAUAAGAAGGAAUUGGCCGCCCUUCAACACACCAAUGUUACCAUUAUUCGACAACGUGAUGAGGCACGCCGUGUUGUCUUACAUCUGCGUAGCUUGAUCGGUGGACAAUCCCACCAUAUGGAGCAUCUUGUCCAAUCCCUAACUACGCGUGACGACCUAGCUAGUGAGAUUGAGGAAGGCUUCGAAGAGGAAGAGGAGCAGCAGCAGAAUGAUCGUCUAUUGAAGAACCCUAGCCGUAACACUAAGCGUCAUUCUACCGCCAGCUUUACCGAUGUGGCUGAUCGUCACCUCAAAGACAAGACCGAUGCUAUCUCCCACAUUAUUAGGAAUAUCGCGGAGCAGUGCCAGGCCGCUGUUGAGGGCCUCCAGCUCGCACAAGACGCCGAGAUCGAGUCAACUAGAUCUCCUCGCCGGGCAAGCAACCUUUCUAGUGCACCCAGCGAUGAUGGCCACGAGCACUCGGCCACCAACUCCGAGGUUGGCGAUGACAGCCUCCUACACCCUUCGGGUCGCGCCUCCAGCAUCCCUCCUACUCCGGAUCUAAUUCCGAACCGAAGCAGCACGUCGAUGUCUAUGGCUUCGACCAUGACUACUCCUGAGCGAGCCAGUCAGCAGUACAGCAUCCACAACGACAUUCCUACCAAGAUCGUCGAGGAUGACGAAGAUGACUUGGCCGAGCGCAGCGAGAGCGAGGCCAUCUCACAAGAGCCCGGCAUCGUUGGCAAGCACGCCGAAAGUCUUAUCCACCGUCCAUCAGGUGCUAGAAUCAGCGCUCUAGGCGGUACCCGCUAAAAAAGUUUCGCGUAUCGUUCUAGUCUGGUUGCAUGUACGGAGUCGGAGGCGACAUGUUUCAAGAUUUUCUGACAGUUGAGAAGACUUGUUGGGGGUUAACAAUCAUCUCUUCAUCUUUCCCCUUCCCCCAAUUCCUGUGCAUAUGAACUUCACUUAUACCUCUUGGUCUGUUUAUUUGUGGAUCUACGGCGUUUUACUCUGAAAGAGUUACUCGGAUUUUUCGCUCUUUGCUUUUCCUACGACUUAUUGCAGCUUAUUGGCUCUACUCUAAUUUUCCUUGCAACAAAAAACGACCAGACGCAAUAGUCGGUCGGCCAGGCAAUUAAGGCACCUGUUUGGUCCCGCUGUCAGGUACGGAAGGGAAAAGAUAUGAUGGAGUAGUGAUCCAUCUCUUUUGUGUAUAUCGGUGGCUAUGUGUUGUCCGCAGCUAUGGGCGAUAGAUGUCUACCUUUAAUUACUGCAGUUUACGUCCUUCAUGUAGUGUUGGGCAAAUAUGAGAUACCUUGUCAAUGACAUUUCAGUUCUCACGAUCGUUUGUGAUUUAGUUGAAUGUGCAAUGCUUAUUUUUAUAUGGGUGCUUCGUGAGGCGUGUUACCCGUGAUUAGCUAGUGUAUUAUCUUGAUUCCUGUAUUUGUGUGUUCUCAUACCGUUUGAAUAAUCAGAUUUGACGUCUCCUUGGGUACCUAUAUGAGAACUCUGAAUUAAGUCUACUCCUAUUCAUUCGAGACAGUCC